AUGCGCCUUGCGGGCGUCUGCCUCGCCUGCGAAGCGCUCACGACGGCACUGACAGCCGCCUACUGCGCUGUCGUGCUCCAUGACGUCACCUCCGCCCCCGAGGACCGCUUCAGCUCCGACAGCUGGUAUCAGAAUGGCUUCUGCCAAAGCCAUUUCGAGUUGUCAGACGGAGGACUUGUCUUGACAAGCCACGGGCUCUCUGCCCUCGCCGACAUCUUUGGCGGCUUCGCUCUGCUCCGCUGGAAUGCAGCAGCGCUGGAUCUGAAAUCCACACCAGGCCAUCGAGCUGUUCCCCUGCAACUAGCCAUUGUUGUGUCGGUGUUUACCAUGCUUCAUGGCCUUGCGCACGGCGUGAUCGGUUUCUUUGGUGGCCUGAAUGCAGACGUCCUCGACAACUUCCGUCCGCAGAAGGCCCCGCCUCUGCUUGCUUUGGCCGUGUUCCUUGCGAUGGCCUCGUUCCUGGCGGUGGGGCCUUUCGUAGGAUAUGUCCAUGGGAUCUCCUUGCCAGCGUGCGGCUUGAUCCAUGUCGUGUCUGUGUUGCUCUUCUUGGUGUACGUCCCUCUGCAGUUCGCCUUCGGGGCCGUGCAGCUGGUGCUCAACUUCUGGAUCUGUCUGCCUCGGCUGCUCCUCGUCAGCUCGAGGGAACCGCAGCAGGCUGCGGAGCGCGAGCGCGAUGGCUGGCCGGUGAUUAGUAUCGGUGUGCUCCUGCUGAUGCCUGUGGUGUUCUCAGAGAUGUUGCUGUGCGACUCCUUCGUCAAAGCUGCCUCAGGCCACCUCCUCUACGACAGCUCGCUGUUGAUUCUGACUACAGCCUACUCCAUUAGCAUACGACCCAGAGGGAAGAUCAAGAUGCUGGUCCUCGACGAGGCGGACGAGAUGCUCAACCGCGGCUUCAAGGAGCAGGUCUAUGACAUCUACCGAUACCUCCCGCCAUCCACGCAGGUCGUCUUGGUGUCGGCCACCAUGCCCCACGAGGUCCUUGAGAUGACUCACAAGUUCAUGAACAACCCUUUCCGGGUUCUGGUGAAGCGAGACGAGCUGACCUUGGAGGGCAUCAAGCAGUUCUUCGUGGCCGUCGAGCGCGAGCAGUGGAAAUUCGACACCCUCUGCGAUCUUUACGACACGCUGACCAUCACUCAGGCCGUCAUCUUCUGCAACACCAAGCAAAAGGUGGACUGGCUCACGCAGAAGAUGCGAGAUGCGAACUUCACCGUCGCCUCCAUCCACGGAGACAUGCCACAGAAGGAGCGUGACGCCAUCAUGCAGCAGUUCCGUUCGGGCACGAGCCGGGUGCUGAUCUCUACAGACCUCUGGGGUCGAGGCCUAGAUGUGCAGCAGGUCUCCUUGGUUAUUUGCUACGACCUGCCGAACAACCGAGAGCUGUACAUCCACCGAAUCGGCCGAUCGGGCCGUUUCGGAAGAAAGGGCGUCGCCAUCAAUUUUGUCAAAAAUGAUGACAUCCGAAUCCUGCGCGAUAUCGAGCAGUUCUACUCCACGCAGAUAGAUGAGAUGCCCAUGAACGUGGCGGACCUGAUCUGA